AUGGACCCAACUAUGAUGGCAUCCCAGAUGGGACCAACGCCUUUCUUCUACUACACGCCAGACCCCAACCCAGAGAACCGGCAUCACGGCCACUUCAGUCAACAGCCUGGCUUCCAACAGAUGCAGCAGCAGCAGGUGUUCCCCGUGGUACCUACGCUGCCUUCGACGCCGAUUUACUCGAGGCCGAACUCGGCUUGCUCGCAACAACCGUUCCCGAACAAGAUGUACGGCGCAGUCCCGAGCAACGUAACUCCGAUGGCGUCACCUCAGACCGCGCAGCGACCUGGCAUUCUAGUACAGACUCAACCUUCCAAGCUGAUGCUGGAGACUGAGCUUUGCGACAAUGACGGCUUCUACUACCCGGCCACGCCUCCCUUGUCAACGUCGGGUAGCUCCAUGGGUAGCCCAUGCAACUCGAACGACAUGUUAGCCACACCGCUCAACCCCAUGUUCUCUGGAUUGGAUGGAUGCGAGAUGGUCAAGCCGGAAGUCGAGACCGUACCCGAGAAUCUUGAGAACCUGGACUGGGCCAACUGUGGCUCGCCACCUCUAACACCUGUCUACCUCCAAGCUCAGGCACAACAAUCAGCAGCAAAUCAGAGUCAGGUUCCGUCACCAAAUUCCAGCUUUUCAAGCGACCACCUAUCGCCAACAUCCUGCCCUUCCUUGUCACCGUCACCAUCUCCCUACGCACGAUCUGUUACAUCAGAGCAGGACGUGGAUUCUAGCUUCUGCGACCCUCGGAAUUUGACAGUUGGCGGUGUAUCUAACCCCACAUUAGCGCCCGACUUUUCUGCCCCUGUCGCGUUAGAGGAAUUCAGGGGUGACGCUGUACCAAAACAAUCUCUCCCUACUUCCUUUGACUUCAACCCAGAUAUUCAUCACGGUCUACCAACUUUCGAGGACAUUGACGACCUUGAAUCAGAGGACGACUUUGUCAACCGUCUAUGCAACAUUGGUGAUCAAUCAGGUGCAGACAUCAAGAGGUCACGCUCUGCUACUUGCUCUACCACGCUGUCGCUUGGUAGCGAGUCGUUUUUGGGUGAGGGUGACUUCGACGCCGACGACAAUUCUUGUGCGACUGGAUUUUCCAGCUACACCUCGUCAGACCCAGACUCGCACAAAGACAAGAAAUUGAAGAAGUCAAAGAAGGAAUCGCGAAAGGCUGCGCCCGUCAUGAACGUCGCUGCCGAUUCCAACUCCGCUCAGGGUGGCGAGCAAGAGCAACAACAAUACACCCAAACUGAGGCGGACGACAGCAACAACGCUGGAUCGCCUGAGGGAUCAAAUGCGCAAACCCCCCUGCCUGCUCCGCCCAACCGCCGAGGCCGUAAGCAAUCAUUAACCGAAGACCCCAGCAAGACCUUCGUUUGUGAGCUAUGCAACCGUCGUUUCCGCCGACAGGAGCAUCUCAAGCGACACUACCGUUCUCUACACACGCAGGAGAAGCCCUUCGAGUGCCACGAGUGCGGUAAGAAAUUCUCUAGAAGCGACAACCUGUCACAACACGCACGUACUCAUGGCAGUGGCGCCAUCGUCAUGAAUCUCAUCGAUGCUAGCGAGGAAGGUCUUGAUCUGAUGCCAGCUGGUGAGACCGACUAUGCCAACUUCGGUAAGGUCCUCUUCCAAGUCGCAUCGGAAGUCCCUGGCAGUUCCAGCGACCUCUCAUCGGAUGAAUCGCCUAGUGAGGGUCAGGGCAAGAAGAAGCGCAAGCGAUCUGACUAA